UACAAUAUAUCGUAGUUCUUGCUGUUCUACCUUCCGUCAAGUCUAGUUUCAAGAUGACAUUCCGCUGUAGGUAAGGCCUACUAGACCUAGACCGUACUAGACGAUGAAAUUAUGCAAGUAUUGCAUGCAGCUCGGUCGUCAGAUGCUCAAAGUGAACGUGAAAGUAGUAAUGAGGAUUUUGGACCCACAACGUCACAGAAAGGCAGUGGUGUGUCGAGAGAAAGCCAAGGAGAACAAAGCGGAAGAAACCGUCUUUAAGAACUUAAAGCCCACUUAGAGCUGCAUCCAGUGGCAUUUCAAGAGUCGAGUGGUCAACAUGCGGUCUCUGCCCCUUAGCCUGCUGCUGCUCACAGCCGCCGCUGUCAACUCUGGCAGCAUCAUGGACAUGUUCACAUGGGAUGGUCUUCUCGACAUGGCAGAGGAGCCGCACCAUCAGCGUGACAGUGACCCAAAUGAAAUAGUGAAUAAGAGCUGCUCCUGCGACGGACCUUCCUGCAGUUGCUGCCUCGACUUCAACCUGUCUUUCAUCGACCUGGGUGGUCCUGGAUGUGUUGAGAUGAAGUAUCUAUCUCCAGCUGAUGGAAUAGCAGUCAAUGUUUCCUACGGCAACAGGUUACUGCACAGAGAAGUUGUGAAAGGUGCAAACCCUGAGCCAUCCUGCAUAGACAUGCUGUCAGAUCUGGCACAGCUGUGCGCACGCUUCAGUGACCUUGCACCCACAAGUGAUGGACUUCGCUGGUGCCUACAGCUGGAACCCACAUUGCUAGGGGAGGUGCAGACGCAGUACCAGGUGGGCUGCUUCCGCAUGGGCCCUGAAGGCAUGUCAGUUGAUCCUCCCAUCACCAACACUACUUCACAGCCCAGCAGCACAGAUCCAUCUGCCGUUUCACCAAGUGGGGAGACUCAGGAAGAACUCAGUGAGGAGGCACUUAUAGCUGCAGUCAACGAAUCAGCAGAAGAAGGAAUUGCAUUUUUCACCAACCUCUUAGGAAUUACUUUUGGUGGUGGAGAGGCAUCUGCAAAUGCCACAGAUGCGAACAAUACAACAGAAGUAACUACUCUGGAUGAAGCAGCUGAACAUACUCCACUUCCUUAAAAUGGAAGAUGCUGGUCUUACCAGCAUCAAGUAUUGAAACUGUUCUCGUGGUAAAAUCUUCAGGUACAAAUGAACUGUAAUUUUAUUUUACCUCUUUAUAUUUAUGUAGCAAGUAUUAUUUAACUAAAUUAUUAAAUGCUGUAUUAUUAAGGGUACUAUCUUCUGGGAUAUAAUACCGUGUAGUCCAAUAAAAGUCAAUUG